UAAUCUCCUCCCUUCAUGUUUUGGAUAAAAGGCCUGGACCCUAGCAGAGCUUGUCAGAGAAGCUGAGCACAGUAGUGGCUGUAGUUCUGUAGUGUGCAGAUACAUUCCUCUGCAAUCAGGAUCAGUCUGCAGAUUGGCAGUUCAGAAACAACAUCACCAUAAUGAAUAAGGAUAAAGAACUAAGUGCAGCAACACCUUGGUUUAGACAUAUUCAGGAUCUUAGUAGUCGUGUGUGGGUCCUUCAAGACAAUAUUCUUACUGCAGUCCCAAGGAAAGAGCAAACGGUUCCAGUCACUAUCACCUUACUCCCAUGCCAAUAUCUGGACACUCUUGAGAAGAACAAAGGGGAUCCCAUGUACCUGGGAGUGAAGAAACCUCAAAGUUGUCUGUCCUGCACAAAGAAUGGGGAGCAGCCUGUACUACAACUUCGGGAAGGGAACAUACUGGAUAUGUACCACCAGAAGGAACGUGUAAAAGCCUCUCUCUUCUAUCACAAGAAGAGUGGUACAACCUCUACAUUCGAGUCUGCAGCCUUCCCUGGUUGGUUCAUUGCUGUCUGCUCCAAAGGGAGCUGCCCACUCGUUUUGACCCAAGAACUUGGGAAAACCUUCAUCACUGAUUUUGAGAUGACUGUAGUACAUUAAGAUUGCUCUGCAGCACUCUCUGAAGAUCUCUCGGAUUCUAACAAGCAACCAAACACACCCCCAACAAAAUACAAGACUGAAAAGAAAGCUGAGCCCUCCCUGGGCUUUUUUCCCUUGGCAGGUGGAUCAGAUGCAGAACUUCUUACCAUGUUUUCAUCCAAAGCAUUUACUGAUGGUUUUUACAAGAAGAAAACGUUUUUAAUUAAAAUCAUUUAUCUCACUUGC